CUACUGCCCGCCCUCCCCAUCUGCCCUGCGACUCCCCUCGUCGUCCUCCAUGGCCGACCUUGCCCCCGACCACGCCCACGCCGCCUCGGCUCCCGUGUCGACGCUCAACUCGGCCAAUAAUUCACGCGCCGCCACGCCUGCCAGCGUCGGCGCUGAGAAGGCGCCCGAUGACAGCUCCAAGUUCAAGACCUUCUUGGGCAUCCUGAGGAGGUUCAUUGGCGUCUCCGACCUCGCUGCCGUUCGAUUCUCGCUGCCUGCACAACUCCUCGAGCCGCGACCAAACCUGGAGUACUGGCACUAUCUGGACAGGCCCGAUACCUUUAUCAGCAUCGGAGACUCGGACGACGAUCUUGGGCGCAUGCUGGGAUGCCUGCGCUUCUGGUUCACAAAGGACUUGAAAUACGUCAAGGGCAAGCCAUGCAAGCCCUACAACUCGACUCUGGGCGAGUUCUUCAGGUGUAACUGGAAAAUCGAAGACACGCAUCCGACCCUCAAGACGCCCACAUCGGCACCAUCGAGCGCCGCCAGCAGCACCAAAGGCAACGGAAAGACAGUAACGGUCUCCUACCUCACCGAGCAGACAUCGCACCACCCCCCUGUUUCAGCCUUCUACGUCGACUGCCCCGAGAAGGGCAUUAGUGCACGAGGCUACGAUCAGCUAAGCGCCAAGUUUACCGGCACCAGCGUGCGUGUCGUGGCCGGAGCUCACAAUUUGGGAAUCUUCAUCACCCUGAAGAACCGCGAUAACGAAGAAUACCAACUCACACACCCAGCAGCUUACCUGGGAGGCAUACUACGGGGCUCCCUCAACGUGUCUGUUGCCGAUAGUUGCUACAUCACCUGUCCAAAGACUGGACUAAAGGUCAUUCUCGAGUACCAGGAGGAGGGCUGGCUCGGUCGGACGCAGAACAAAGUCAAUGGAGUCAUCUUCAAGUAUGACCCCAAGAACGACACCAUAACCAAGAUCAAGGAUGUUUCAGACAAAGACGUCCUGGGACGGAUAGAAGGAAGUUGGCAAGAUAAGGUGUACUACACCCUCGGUAGCAAGCCCUUUUCCAAAGUUUCUGAAAAGAACCUCAUCAUCGACCUCAACCCGCUCGAUCCCGUCCCCAAGAUUAUCCCGCCGAUCGAGAAGCAGCUCCCCAACGAGUCUCUGAAAUUCUGGGAGAGCGUAACAAAUGCCAUAGUAGGCAAACAAUACAGCAUGGCCACCACACUAAAGACGGAGAUUGAAGAGAAGCAACGGGCAAAGGCUGCCGAACGCAAGGCUGCCGACAAGGAGUGGCAGCCGCGAUUCUUCACCGGAGCCGUCACUCCCAUCGGUAGACCGGAUCUUACCAAGGACGGCGAAGAGGCGCUCAAGGGACUCCAUGAGGAAAACUAUGAGCUACCUCCGAGCCAAGAAUACGGUGCUUUCUAAACCACGUGCGCAAGAAAGCGUGUACCAACGCAUUUGGGCGCGGCGAGCGCGAACUGGACCUUCAUACGACAUCCGCUACUUUAUUUAACAUGGCCGAGGACGAACAAGCCACCUUCGUUUGGCAUUUGACCCAACAUAUCGAGAACGUUCUUUGUUGAUUAGAGAGGAGCAUGAUUUUGUUCGAUGGCGUUCAGUACAUAUGUACCUGGGGGAGUUUGAGAUAAUGUGUCUUUUGUCACGAUUAUUCAUGAAUAGAUAUCUAGACUGCCUGCCUGAUGGCUUUGCCGUCAUGCCCCUGAAUGGGUGCUUAACCAAGAAACAGUACCAAAGCAGCAAUUUUCCAC